GUCAGCAAGCAGUAGGAUUCCACCAUACAAGUAUCGUACACGCGAUUAUACUUUCAUAAGAAAAUAAAUACUUCCUUAUCAUCAAAGGAAACAUCAAGCUUCGGUCACAGAACUAGGCAUCUCUUACCUCUUAUACAACAAUCCGUCUUUCUUUUUUUUUUUGGACGUGAUAGAUCUUUUGCACUUGAGCGUGUAAUGCGUUUGACGUCAAAUUCUCAAAUGUUUCCUUCUCAAUAAACUUUAUGUUGUCCCUCAUUUAGUAACUAACUUAAUAUGGGGCAGGUCAGACUUACCAUAGUAUUGUUUUUAGGAACAUUUGUCCACGCUUUAGUUAUUGAGGAUCCCCAGAACGAACAGUCUCUGCCUGCUGGAUUCCAAAGACCAACUUUGAAGUCGAGUCUUGACGAGCCGUUAGGUUUCGGUCAGAUAAGCCCGUUUUCCGGCGUACCCUCAUCAGGAGCUGGAAAUUUUCCCUCUGGUCAAGGACCAUUAAGUGGUAAUUUUGGAAAUUUCCCAAUAGGAACUGGUUCUGCAAGUGGUAUACCGGGUGCAGGUGGUAAUUUCGCAGGCUUCCCAGUGGGAACUGGUUCUGCGAGUGGUAUACCGAGUGGAAGUGUUAAUUUCGCAGGCUUCCCAGUGGGCACUGGUUCUGCGAGUGGUAUACCGAGUGGAAGUGUUAAUUUCGCAGGCUUCCCAGUGGGCACUGGUUCUGCGAGUGGUAGACAGGGUGUUAGAGGAGUGCCAGGUGGAAGUGGUAGUUUUCUGUCGGGAACUGGUUCUGUAAAUGGUAUAGUACCUAGAAGUGGUACGGUUGAGGGCUUUCCAACCAGCAACUUUGAUCCUCUGCGAGGCAGUUUCCCAAUAGGUUCUGGCCAAAAUCCAAAUCUACCUUUCAGUUCUAAUAGGCAUAAUCCUUUAUUUGAGAGAUCGCCUUUUAGUCCUCUUACUCCUAACCUACCAGGAAGCUCAAGCCAGUUUCCUUCUUCACUGGGAAGGUCACCGAAUAGACCACAGGUAAUAUUUGUUCCAGUGCCAUCUCAAGGACAUUCUCAUCAUCACGAUCCUCAUCAUCACGAUAUACCAGCAAAGCAUGAUGAUCCCCACCAUCAUGACGUGCCGGUGAAGACUCCUGACCCCCACCAUCAUGACGUUCCUGUAGGGUCUCAUAAUCCCCACCACCACGACAUACCGGUGAAGACUCCUGACCCCCACCAUCAUGAUGUUCCUGUGGGAUCUCAUAAUCCCCACCAUCAUGAUGUCCCCGUGGGUUCUCAUGAUCCCCACCAUCAUGACGUCCCCGUGGGUUCUCGUGAUCCCCACCAUCAUGACGUCCCCGUGGGUUCUCAUGAUCCCCAUCAUCAUGAUGUUCCUCUGGAUCCCUUUAAUAUUUAUAGCCCCAGUCACAAGAUUGGAGAUUUGGUGCCUAUUGGACACGGAGUACCUAGGAUUCCCCCACCCCCGCUCAAUGGGCCGGAAUGUCAGUUUAGUGGCUGUUCCAUUGGUCGGGAGUGUGUGAUCGCCAAAACCAUUGUGACGGAGAGUGCGACCCUGUGCCCCCGGGCUUACAGCGGCCGGUGUGUCUGUGUCCCGGGCUGUGUCCAUCACCAGAAGUUUAUACCCCAGGGUUACCUCAAGUACGAGGGGAGGUGCAGUUACUGCAAGUGCUUCCCCGAUGGUCGGGUUGAGUGCAAAAAAUCCAAAGCUUGCUUUGCAGCAAAGAGAAGGGAUAGAGAGAUUCAUAGACAGGAUAGAGAGAUUCAUAGACAUAUGGAUCGACCGGUUCGUAGAAAUGGACGAAGACGAGUUGGAGUCAUUGACCUGGGAGGAAUAGUCAGAAAUUUCCUCGGAAGAAUUUUAGGAUAAUAUCACAAUUAACUGUAGAGUAAAUCAUUUUUGAAACAAAAUCAAAAAUAUGUAUAGAAAUGUUUGACAAUGAAAUCUGAAAGUGUUGGAUGAAUAGACGAAUUGUUUUAACGACUGCAUGCUAUUCCUGUCAAGAAACAGGUCUUGAACAUACAUGUUAGCAUGUCCUAGUUGACCAUUCACAAAUAUGAUAAUAUUUACAUGACUGUAUACUGUUUUUCAUGAAGAUCGGUAGUUGUUUUUUUUUCAAUUAUAUCAUAUUUAGAAAUGGGGAAAGAUAAUAAUAUUCAACAUAUUCAUUUCAGUAAAAAUAUACCAUAAGAGCAGCUUAUAUUAAAAUGUGUAAGAUACACAUAUCAAAAAUACUGAUAGCGGAAUCAUUAGAAUUUAUGUCAGACUCUGCUCAUUUGUCCGCGAUGUAAACUGUAAGAUUCUUAUUAUUUUGCAUUUGUAAAAAAAAAUAUAGUUAUGAUGUUGAAGAAUCAUAUGGAUAAUAUUAUUGUAUAUUUUUGGAAUAAAUGUUGAACGUGU